GACGUGAGAAACCGCCCGACAUCGCUGUUUCUCAACUUUUUUUUUUUUUUUGAAACUCAUUUAACUUGCGAAACUCGACAGUUUCGUCGCCGUAAAGCGGCUCAGACUGACGUUAAAAACAGUUGUCGUUAUUAAUGGCGACGGUUUGGCUCGUUUCCAGCAAAUAUUAUCAACACGCUCAGUUACUUCCUGCUUCAAAGCAGAAACUUGGCUGUUUAAAAGUAUUAACCACGAUUCUGUUUUGACGACUAUGUGAUGUUGAAAUGAAGAUUGAUGAGAAAAUUCUCACCUACUUUGAAUCUUGUAACUCACCUGUGGACAAAGAAGGCUACCUACACAAGAAGGGGGAGAUAAAGACUUCCUAUCAGAAGCGCUGGUUCGUGCUGAAAGGGAACCUCCUCUUCUACAAGGACCGGCCGACCGACCGGGACCUGAUUGGGGUGAUUGUUCUGGAGGGCUGCACCGUCCAGCUGUGCGAGUCCGAGGAGCAGUUCGCCUUCUCGCUGGUGUGGAGCGAGCCGGGCCUGCGGACCUACAAGUUUGCGGCGGAGGACCAGGCGAGUCAGGAGAGCUGGAUCAAAGCCCUGCUGUCGGCCAACCACAGCUACAUGUCCCUGCUGGUGAUGGACAUGGAGAAGAAGUACAGAGAUGCUUUAGGUGCGUUCGGCAGUGAACCACGCAAGACUUUCUCAAUGCCCAAUUUCAACACAGCACAAGUAGAAUAUCCGGCUGCCUUUCUGAACACACAAGCUGCAACACUGUCUUCAUAUCCAGCACCAGCUGUGGCAGCAGCACCCAGUCUUAUGCUCCAGACUCCAAACAUUUCAUCCAAAACAGCCAGCAAGAGAUCCCCCAAACUGUGGCCCAAGAGGAGCGCUAAUGUGAUGCCUGUUAACACUCCAGCUCUGUCCAUGGGGGAGUGGUCUGCAGUCUGCUUCAGCACCAGGGAGGAAUUUAGUAAACUCCACGAGGACUUUGGAAAGGAAGUAAAGGAACUGAUUGCCGACUGGAAAAGAGGAAACGGUGGCGCAGUUGUUCAGGAAGGAAACUUAAUAGAUUUUGGAUAACAAAUGUUAAGUUUACUCAGUAUCUUAACCUUAAUUUAAAUAACAAUGUUUGCAUGACCAAGCUGUUUUGUAAAUUGUGAUACAGUUUAGAGCAAUUAUUUUUAAGAUGUAUUUUUUAUUCAAGAAGAUAGUGUUUCCCUUUUUUUUUUUUACUUAUUAUACCAUAGAUGUAUCAAUAAAUGAUCUAUGAUCUGCA